AUGAAGUCUGAGGAUUAUAGGUCCAAAAUCGAGGAUCUACUGGAGCCCCAGACUUAUAAGUUACUGAAGAAGGAUCCUACUGCCUUAAUUGUCAGAAACACCAACAGACUCAUCAAGGCCUCCUCACUCCCGGAACAUCUGAAAUCAAAAUUAAUUAACUCGGAAGCUCAACCACCACGCCUUUAUGGACUACCAAAAAUUCAUAAAGCUAGUGUCCCACUUAGACCGAUAGUGAGUGCUCCAGGAUCGCCUACUUACAACUUAGCUAAAUACUUGACUACGAUCCUACAACCGAAAGUCGGCAACACAAACUCUUAUGUGAAGGACUCAACGCAUUUCGUCCAAAAGCUAAAAGAUAUAAAACUGGAACCAUCUGACAUCAUGGUAAGCUUCGAUGUGGUAUCUCUAUUCACGAGAGUACCCCUAGGCGAGUCAAUGGAUCUAAUCAAGGAAUCAUUCCCACCUGACAUCGCGGAGCUCUUCCGAGUGUGUCUGACUGGUAGCUAUUUCUUAUGGAACGGCAAUUACUACGAACAAACAGAAGGUGUCGCAAUGGGUAGCCCAAUCAGCCCAAUAAUUGCUAAUUUCUUUAUGGAGAGAUUUGAAGAAAAAGCGCUAGAGUCAUCCGUUCUGAAGCCCGCUGUAUGGUUUCGUUAUGUGGACGAUACAUUUGUGGUUUGGAAACAUGGACGUGACAGCCUAGAUGACUUCCUUCAUCACCUUAAUUCGCAGAGCCCGAGCAUAAAAUUUACCAUGGAAACCGAAGUAAACAACCAACUGGCCUUCCUCGAUGUGCUUGUCAAGAGAAAUGGCGACCUUUUGGAUCACACCGUGUAUCGAAAACCCACUCAUACAGACCGGUACUUACACAAACUAUCAAAUCACCAUCCAAGCCAAAAACAGGGGAUUAUCGGAACAUUAGCAAAUAGGGCAAGACGUAUCUGUGCUAAUGAACACAUCCAAGAGGAACUAAGUCAUUUAAAUAAAGCCUUUCUUGCCAAUGGCUAUAAUGACAGAGAAAUAAAGGCGGCGCUGGCACCUAGGCAGAGGAGACCUGACGCCAAUGAACAGGAAAACAUCAUUAAUAAGGCCUUCCUUCCAUAUGUUUCCCAGGUCACCGAUAGGAUUGGUAAAGUUCUCAAGAAGCAUAACAUCAAAACCAUAUACAAACCUACCCGAAAAAUAAGGGACUGCUUAAGACCAGCAAAAGACAAAAGAGAACCAUUAUCCUCUGCAGGGAUCUACCGUAUACCUUGUUCCUGCGGUAGCGUAUAUAUUGGAACUACCAAACGCUCAGUAGGAACGAGACUUACGGAACACAAGAGAAACUGCAGAUUAGGGCAAACAAAGAAGUCAGCCGUAGCAGAACAUGCUCUAAGAGAUGGUGACCACAAAAUCCAAUUCGAAGACACCCAAGUCAUUGCCACAACAUCUGGAUAUCAUCCUCGUCUGGUCAGGGAAGCUGUUGAAAUUCACAAACAUCCAAAUAAUUUCAACAGGAAGGAAGAAACUUUCUACCUUAACAGAAUUUGGCAUCCAGCUAUAUCUAGGACUCUAGGACCAAAGUAG